AUUCAUUCGUCUACCACGCACAGUCUGUCUUCUUAUGAUGAGCGAAAUAUCAACAUCGGCGUAAUCAAAGUCGACUGCGACUGCGACUGCGACGACUUAGGCCGCGACAUCUAUCUAUCGCAUCGGCCUAUUUAUUUCUGCCCCUCUUCAAGGGGUCCUUCUCCACAAGUUUCGACCAUGACGAGUGCAAGAGGUAUUGUCGUGUUUUCAGGUGGCAGCGCGGCGAAUAAUCUCGUGGACGUCUUCAAAUCACUCGUCGAGAAAAAGAAAUGCCCUCUGAGCUAUGUAAUACCUAUCAGCGACAACGGCGGCAGCUCCUCUGAGUUGAUUCGUGUCUUCGGAGGGCCCGGUAUCGGAGAUGUGAGAAGUCGUCUCGUUCGCCUCAUUCCCGAUGAUCCAAAUGACGACGACUCCAAGAAGGCUGCCAUCAGAGCCUUCUUCAAUCAUCGCCUGCAGGAUGAUCCAGGAAUGGCGAGGCAAGAAUGGCUGAAUAUCGUUGAAGCCCGACAUGUCUUGUGGACUGACAUUCCGUCGGAAAAGAAGGAGCUGAUUCGUUCAUUUCUGAAUCUGCUGAACCUUGAAAUUGUCAAGCGAGCUCGGCCUUCAUCUGUUUUCAACUUCUCCUCUGCCAGUGUAGGGAAUUUAUUUUUGACAGGGGCACGUCUAUUUUCUGGAAGCUUUGAGAGUGCCAUAUACCUCUUGAGCAACAUCUGUGGUGUUCCUGACAACGUGUCGGUGUUACCUGCUAUCAACACUAAUUUCACCCAUCACAUCUCCGCAGGCUUGAGUGACGGCUCAAUUAUCGUUGGACAGAACUCCAUCUCUCAUCCAAGUGUUCCUACGGCUCUUCCUGAAAAUGUAAGAUUAGAGAUUGAAGAGCACGACCGGAUCGAAGACGGGACGCUGCCAGGAUCGCUGCCAACUCUGCGGAAACAGUACAUCACCUUCUCCAAGACAGACGAGGAGGAACUACCUGCUCGCAUCGAAAGGAUCUGGUACAUCAAUCCAUAUGGCCAAGAAAUCCGUCCACGGUGCAACCCGAAGGUCGUCGACGCGGUAGACUAUGCGCAAUGCAUAAUCUAUAGUAUUGGUUCUUUAUACACGUCUAUCAUACCAAACCUGGUCUUGGCGGAUGUCGGCGAAGCAGUUGCACAGACGAAAGCUCGCUACAAGAUCCUGAUCCUAAACAGUAACAUAGAUCGGGAGACCGGGCCUUCUUCAGCGCCUUACAGCGCGACUGAUUUCAUUGCCGCGAUUGCAAAAGCAUGCGCAAGUAGUCGUGGUCUCAAAGGAAGCGUUCAACCCAAUGACUAUCGGACCUAUGUCACACAUGUCCUCCACCUUGAGGGCUUGAACACACCAGUCGUCGAAAAGGUUGUUUUAAACAAGCUUGGAAUCGAGACUGUUAGGCUGUAUGGCAGAAAAAUUGAAGGUAAGAACGUUGUACGUUACGAUGAGAAAGGCUUGCUCCAAGCUCUCGAAGCUACAAUUGGUCGCCGCGACCCUCGAGCAGACGUGAGCAGGAGAAAUACUGUGGAAAGUAGAUAUCCUCCUGUCUAGAACUAAAUCUAUUGCCACUCAACAGGAACCAGUCUAGUGGAUUUGACUCGUUGAAUAAUUCAAGCUUCAUAGUCCGUGUCGCAAGUCUGCAGAUAUAUUCGCAGCCAAGAAGGCUCUCUGCUACUUCUAAACUUCAUAGAGCCGCCCUCGAAUGGAGGAGGG